AUGGAAAUGCGAAACCGGAAAAGGCGCCGUCCGUCGGUCAAACUACACCAGCAUCCCAGCCAAAACCUCCCUGGCACCAGCCAACAACCCCGUCAGCUGCCUUCCACCCAAAUGCCCGAUCAGCUGCCUCCCAACCAACAGCCUGUCCAGCUGCCUCCCAACCAACAGCCUGUCCAGCUGCCUCCCACCCCCAGCCAUCGACUCGGCCAAUGGUCUUCAAUCCAACAGUCCGGCCAUCAACCCGACCAGCUGCCUCUCAGUCAACAACUGGGCGACCAGAUGCAGCCUGCAGCAAGCCAGCCAGAUCCGGCUGUUCAAUCGGGUAAUGGUUUUAGUGAGGAUAUUUUUUUACCAUGCAUGAUUCCUAGUUUUCAGUCUGUUUUAGGUGAUCAUGUUCCUCAGUCAAUUAAAGACAAAAUAAUAUCAGGCCAAUAUGUAGAUCUGGCAAGUUUGUUGGAGGCCCCGGUAGUUCCUGAAGAUUUAGGAAAACAUUUGGUUUUGAAUAAUUCGGGUGAAUUAGUGGUAAAGCCCAAUAUGAAACAAAGCAUUGUGGAUAUAGCUAAAUGGACUGACGCAUUCCUCAUUUUCUCAAGCAUUUAUUUAAGUGCUCAUCCUGUUAAAAUGCAAGAUCUCUUAAAGUAUAUGCACACUAUAAGGCUGGGGGCAUCAAGACACACUGAGGGUUGGAGAUCUUAUGAUCAACAGUUUAGGUUGAGAAUGGGUAAUAACCCAGCGAAUUUUUGGGCAAUGAUUGAUAUGGAGCUUUGGCUGUUGUGUAUGGGGCCUCCAAGGCAGCCAGUUCAUGAUACAGGGAAUUUUGUAAGAAAAUGUUAUGAUUUCAAUUAUACCAGAUGCUUACGGUCAGUUUGCAAUUACAAACAUGCUUGUAUGAUUUGUGGUUCCGACCAUCCUUCCAGGGUAUGUCAUCUCAAGCCUCGCACCACCAGUUCCUUGGGAGGAGGGUCUGUCAGGGGGGCUGUCACCCAGACCUCGUACAGGCCUAGAGCUUACACGUUCCGACCUAGAGGCCCAUUUCAGGGGCUCCGGGGCCAGUUUAGCAGAUACUAAUACCUCAGUUUGGUCUCUUGGCAAGUCGCCAAUCAAUGUUGUUACGAUUUCUAAAUAUCUUCAGUUAUAUCCAAAUAAAGAAGUAGCUUCUGUGCUCAGUAAUGGCUUCAAGCAAGGUUUUAAGCUGGGUUAUAAAGGUUCACAUCUAGGUUCUUCAGCGAAUAAUUUGGUUUCAACAAAAGUGCAUUUUUCAGAAGUCCAAAAUAAACUUGACAAAGAGAUUUCCUUAGGUAGAAUUUCAGGUCCUUUCAAAGUCCCACAAAUUUCCAAUUUAAAAGUAAGUCCAUUAGGCAUUUUAGAGAAGCCAGACGGGGGUUGGCGGUUAAUCACACACCUGUCGUAUCCCAAUGGGUCAAGUGUCAAUGAUGGUUUUAGUGUGGAAGACAUUUCUGUUAAAUAUACAUCAUUUGACAAAGUGGCUGACAUGUUAUUUAGUUUAGGUACGUCAGCAAUGAUGGCAAAAAGAGAUAUUAAAUCGGCUUUUCGUUUAAUGCCUAUUUACCCAGGGGACUUUCACUUGAUGGGGCUUCAGUUUAACAACCAGUAUUAUGUUGACAAAUGCUUACCAAUGGGUUUAUCUAUUGCUCCGGCUUUAUUCGAAUCAUUCUCCACUUUUAUACAUUGGCUAGUAAGUUUCAAAACUGGGAUUCAAACUUUAGAUCAUUAUUUGGACGACUUUAUUUUUGGAAGUGCAGCUGGGUCAAAUAAUUGUAACAUGCUAGUUUCUACUUUUGAGGAAGUAUGCACCGAAAUGGGAGUCCCAGUUGCGGUGGAAAAGUCGAUCGGCCCAACAAAAGUACUGACAUUUUUAGGCCUGGAAUUAGAUACUGUGCAAAUGACUGUUAGAGUACCUGCUAAAAAAGUGGAAGAACUUUUGAAGCUUUUGCAAAAUUGUCUAGUAUAAAAGAGACUAACGUUAAAAGAAUUGCAGUCUUUGACUGGGAAGUUGAGUUUUUGUAGUCAAGCAGUAAGAGCAAGUAGGGCAUUCUUGCGCCGAUUUUAUGAUGCUAUGUGUAGCUUAAAAAAGUCCUAUUAUAAGAUAAGAGUUAAUGGUGAAAUGAGAGAAGACAUCCUGAUGUGGAUUCAAUUUAUUGAAGAUUUUAAUGGUGUUGUACAUAUUCCAAAUAAAGUAUGGUUGGAUAACUCUGUCAUUCAUCUUUACACUGAUAGUGCAGGUGGUGCUACUCUUGGCUGUGGUUGUUAUUUUGGAGGUAGUUGGGCCUAUUGCCCAUGGCCUGUUCAAUGGCAAGGCCAACCUAUUUUAUCAGAUAUAACAUUUUUAGAGAUGGUCCCUGUUUUGUUGGCAAUAUGGCUCUGGGGGGUCUUUUUGAGGGACAGGAAGAUUAAGUUUCAUAUUGAUAAUUUAGGUUUGGUAGAAGUGAUAAACAAACAGUCUUCCAAGUCGAAACGUUUGAUGUUUCUGGUUAGAAAAUUUGUGUUGUUAGUUAUGAAAUACUCGGUGGUGUUUAAAGCAGUACAUAUUUCAUCAAAGUCCAAUUAUAUUGCUGAUGCAAUUUCUCGUAAACAGUUUCACAGGUUACAACAGUUAGCACCAGAGGCACAAGCGAGUCCAGAAUCAGUCCCGCCGGAGUUUUUACUGAUGAUCUGCAACAAGAGGCUAAUAGAUUGCUAGACAAUUCCCUUGCUGCUAAUACAAAAAAGGCAUACAUCGUUGGGUUAGAGAGAUUCUCUGAGUUUAAAAGGCAAUACGGCUUGUCAGAUGCCUGGUUGCCUACAGUUGAACAGGUGGUUCGAUUUGUAGCAUGGCUAUCCCUACAGAAACUAUCCCACAAAACAGCAAAAUCAUACUUAAGCUCUAUACUUUUCAUUGCAAGCUGCUUGAGGUUGUUGACCCUACCAAAAAGUUCAUUGUUUCAAAAAUGGUGGAAGGAAUGCAAAAAGAUAAGAAAACACACGAUAAUAGGCUUCCAAUUACCCUCUCGUUACUGCAAGGGAUAGUAAGCAAACUUAAUAUUGUGUGUUCCAGUGUCUACGAAGCAAAACUUUUCACUGCAGCUUUUAUGCUAGCAUUUUUCGGUUUUCUAAGAGUUGGCGAAAUAGCUGUUCCUAAAAAAGGUGAUAGUAUUUUACAGGCAGCGGUGUUGGCAAUUGAAGAUUUACAAUUUGAUCACAAUGGGGUAAUCAUUUCAAUCCGGCAUUCAAAAACUGAUUAGUUGGGCAAAGGGGUAGCGCUCAAAAUUACUAGGUCAAACAGUGAAUUUUGCCCAGUUGUGUGUCUUAACCAGUAUCUUCAUGUUCGUCCUCAAGGGCCUGGUCCCUUGUUUUUGCACUUUAACAAACAACCAAUUACUCGUUACCAAUUUUCUGCUAUUCUUAAGAAAACGGUUUCUCUUUUGGGUCUGAAUUAUGGGUCUUACAAAUCCCACUCCUUCAGAAUUGGAGCAGCAACUGAAGCUUCCCAACUAGGCUAUUCAGUGGAGAUCAUUAAACAGGCAGGCAGAUGGGCUUCCAAUGCCUACCAAACAUAUGUUCGUCCUGUUCCUGUUGUCAUGCCCAGCCUAAUAAAUAACCCCCAUUAAAAAGGUAUGGUUCAUAUAGUUAGAUUCAUGUGACUAACAAAAACCAAGUUGUAUUUAGGGAAAACCAUCUGGAUACUGGGUUCAUCAAUAAUCAAGCAAGCCUUCAUAGCAGCAAGAUUACGACCUGAAGGGGCCAACCUCUGCCUUGAACCCAACAUCAUCUGGUGGCAAGGGUACAGUGGGUUAACACUUGCAGAAUCAAAGAAAAAAUUUCUUUCGCUUGCCAAUGUGGGUAAUUCUCCAGACUAUAUUGUGUUACAUUUAGGCGGUAAUGAUCUUGGUCGUCGGUCACUGGUGGACCUUCGAAAAUUGAUUGUCGAGCUAUUCAGGACUAUACUGUCUAUAUUUCCAAGUGUUAAGAUUGUAUGGUCUGCAGUGCUUCCAAGGUCAAAUUGGAGAUAUUCUGAUAAUAAAGUUGCUAUGGACAAAGCAAGAAAGCGCCUUAAUAGUCAUGGUUCAUCUAGGGCUUUGGUAUGUGGAGGGCAUUACUUGGCCAACUCUGACUUUGGAAAAUUUGAGGAACAUUUGUUUGAGAAGGACGGAGUCCACUUGUCAACUCUGGGUACAGAUAUUUUUCUUUCUAAUAUGUCUGCAGGGCUUGAAAAAUUUAUAAGGCAUAACACACCAAUCCAUUACUGAAGUUCUAGAUGCACGAAUUUGGGGGAUCUUACAAUUUUAAAUCCCAAACAUUAUGUAUGUUGGUGUUGCUAUUGAGUCCAAAAAUAGAUAUUUGCAGUUAGUUUGUAUGCAUAUUUUUCUUACUCAUAUGUCUGAAAAAAGAAAAAAAGAAAGUUUUUUGCUGCUAAUUUUUAUGCAAUUUUUUGCUGCUAAUUUUUAUGCAUUUUUUUUUCUGCUGGGUUUUAUGCAUUUUUGCUGCUAGUUUUUAUUCAUAUCUUUGCCUUGUGUUUACAGUUUACUGCUUCCGACUCCAAGCAUGCGUCCAUCCGCCCUGCAGCCAAAGUUCUUUGGCAGUGGCCACCCGUCAUCUCUGGCCCAGCUGGUUUCGAGGUUGGGGCUUUUGGGCCCCUGGGUCAGCGUUGUUGGGUGGCCAUAUGGCAAUCAGUGCCGGAUGGACGCUUUUUACCUGGCACAUUUUUUUGGGGAAAAUAUAUAUGAUUUUGUUGGGAGUGCUGAUGGCCGUCACCCGGAGUCAGCACUCAUAUACAAUUUAUUUGUGCAGUUAGUUAUUUGCAGUUAGUUUGGGCUUGCCAUGUUCGCAGGUGGCCCUUGCUGCUUGGAGUCGAGACAUUAUAUGCCAGAACCAUUUUUUAUGUUUUUAUGUUAUAAGGUCCUUUAAUAAAAAGUAAAAAUUUA